UGAUGCGUGAGGAGCUGGAAGACCAAUGAGUCUUCUCAUAGUAUUGAUUGACAGGGUAUUCCAGCAAGUGGGCGGUGCCGAAGGAGCUGCGUUGCUCCGUGUAGGCGGAGUUUGUGGAAUAGGUUGACAAGCGAAGCGGAGUGUCAGACAGCAAAGCCGAUACUCGGACACGGUAAGGUACUAGGAUUUUUAUAUAAAAUGAGCCUUGCUUUAUAAAAUACUGUUUCUGUAUAAACGGCAGCAUGGUUUUACUUGGACUAUACAUCAACGUGGUUGAAAAAGGAGUAAAGCCUUCCAUUACGUGCUUGUUAAACACGCAAAACAAGUGCUGGGUAAAACCGCGCAAACGAGGUUGUUUGUCCCAGAAGAGCACUGACCGUGAGCUCAUCGCCAUGGGGAAAGAUUACUACAGGAUGCUGGGGGUCCCAUCUGGCUCCAACGAGGACGAGAUCAAGAAGGCCUACAGAAAAAUGGCCCUGAAAUUCCACCCGGACAAAAACAAGGACCCCAACGCAGAGGACAAGUUCAAGGAGAUCGCAGAGGCCUACGAGGUGCUGAGCGACCCCAAGAAGAGGAGCAUCUACGAUCAGUAUGGAGAGGAGGGUCUGAAGGCUGGGGGGGUGGGUUCAUCAGGGGGUCCUGGGAGCACCUACCACUACACCUUCCACGGGGACCCCCACGCCACCUUCGCCUCCUUCUUCGGGGGCUCCAACCCCUUCGACAUGUUCUUCGGGCCUGGCCGCUCGCGGGGCACCACCAACGGCUUCGACCACGUGGGGGGGGAGCAGGACAUGGACCUGGACAUGGACGGGGACGAGGACCCCUUCAGUGCCUUUGGACGCUUCGGCAACGGUGUGAACGGGUUCCACCACGGCGGCGGUGGGCGCAGGCACCCCGCGGAGCCCCUGCACAGGCGGGGUAAGCUGCAGGACGCCCCUGUGGUGCACGAGCUGCGCGUGUCCCUGGAGGAGAUCUUCCACGGCUGCACCAAGCGCAUGAAGAUCACGCGGCGCAGGCUUAACCCCGACGGCAGGACCGCACGCUCCGAGGACAAGAUCCUUCACAUUGUCAUCAAAAGGGGCUGGAAGGAGGGCACCAAGAUCACCUUCCCCAAGGAGGGGGACGAGACCCCCGAGAACAUCCCCGCAGACAUCGCCUUCGUGCUCAAGGACAAGCCUCACCCGCACUUUAAGAGGGACGGCUCCAACAUCAUCUACAGCGCCACAAUCUGUCUGAAAGAGGCUCUGUGUGGUUGCACGGUCAACAUUCCCACCAUCGACAACCGAGUAAUUCCUCUGCCUUGUACUGACAUCAUCAAACCAGGGACAGUGAAGAGACUGCGAGGGGAGGGGCUGCCCUUCCCAAAGAGCCCCACGCAGCGCGGGGACUUGAUAGUGGAGUUCAAAGUGCGCUUCCCUGACAGAAUACCUCCGCAAAGCAGAGAAAUCCUGAAACAGCACCUCCCCCUGUCCUAGAACAACUGAGGGGGGGAUCUGGGUAGGGCAGGGGCUUUAUUUGAAUUGGAUUUCUUUUCCACAGACGCUAAUAUUCAAAGGAAGAAGGACAACAACUGAAACCAGAGUAUUCAUCUUAUUAUUAUUAUCUUAUGUAAAUUGUAUUCUUUUUGUAAAUGUUUUUAGUUUUAUUUAUUUUUUCUUUUAAUUUUGUGGGUUUUUUUGUGUUUGAAAAUGAUCGCUUCUGGGAUUAAUCUCCAGUCACAGCGCGGGAGAUGUGGAUUUUCUAACCCACACAUUUGUACUUGUGGAACUUUUUCUAGAUUAUUUUUUUAAGGGAUUUGCAGACGGCUGAGGAUGGUGGGAUCUUAAUUUAGUAACAACUGAACACCUGUUUCCCUGAAUGCUCCUGAAGGAAUUCUGCACCGGAUUGGAAACUGUGGGACUGUUCUUAAGCUUCCUUAGUGGCCUUUUUCUGUUUUGGGGAAGAAAAAAAAAAAAAUUGGGUUGUUUCACCUGGGGCCGGGCCAGAGAUAGAAAGCACAGAAUGUGAAGCUGUAUGGUUGGUAAAAACUUAUGGGAGUUGGGUCACUUUACAGGAAAGGGUUUCUACAUAAAGUGGAGUCUUGUGUCCUUUUCCAGUGUGAACAUGGUGCUGAGGGAAUGACUCGGCCAGGGUCCUUCUCUACUCCAUUCACAGAGCAGGGUCCUGCUCUACUCCAUUCACAGAGCAGGGUCCUGCUCUACUCCAUUUACAGAGCAGGGUCCUGCUCUACUCCAUUUACAGAGCAGGGUCCUGCUCUACUCCAUUUACAGAGCAGGGUCCUGCUCUACUCCAUUCACAGAGCAGGGUCCUGCUCUACUCCAUUCACAGAGCAGGGUCCUGCUCUACUCCAUUUACAGAGCAGGGUCCUGCUCUACUCCAUUCACAGAGCAGUUUCGAGGGCCUUUGCUCCUAGAGCUGAGCUGCUCUGCUCAGUCCCCUUUAUAAUAGAGACGGAGGGCAUUUCGACUGGCUUUCCAAAUGAAUGGAUGCUGGGGGAGCAUGGGUGUUAGGAAAACCAUGUUAUUAUUUCGUGGCCCUGACGUCUAUGAAAUGUGGGGUGUUCUGUUUCUUUUUUCUUUUGGGAAGGAGGGUUUAGAGACGUCUAGAAGAAACAGUACCUCAGUGAAUAUGGAGGAAUCCUUGAACUCAAAAUAUAUAAUCCAAGGGACUAAAACCAAAACUAACUUAUUUAUUCUACUGUGUUAUAGAAAAAAAAAAAAAAAAAAAACUUAAUUUAUAAUAUAAGCUAUCCUGAAAUGGAGUGUUUUUACUGACUGUAAAAUAUGUAAAGAAGCUUUGUUGAAAAUGGUAUCUAAUGACAAAACCGAUUUUCAUUUUCUAUCAAAUGGAGUUUGUAUAAAAAUUGCAACAAAAAAUAUCUAUAUUAAAAGGGUUUCAUAAGAAGGGUUAUGCAGCGGUACUAAAAGAAACUCACAGGUGCUUUCACAGAUCAUGCAAUGCCUUGCCUUCUGACUUUGUGUCAGAAAGUGUGUCUUCUGAUUGAUUUAUGUAGAGAAAGGGUUGUCCCCUGCUCUUGAUCACACAGAAUGUCACAUUGUUGGCAGUGUCUGCUCCCAUCAGAAGAUGUGAGUACACCUAAGCCUGUUGUAUCAAAUUACAUUGACAAGUUCACGAAACACAAGGCAACAUUUUCAGUCAACUGCUAAAGCAGCUUAUUGAUUGUGACAUUUUAAAGUAUUUUACCAAGUUGCUCAAAUUAAGGCUGUUUUGAUGCUGCUGCAUUUACUUUUGACAGGGGAAUUAGUUUGAAAAAGUCAUCGUCAGCAUCUAGAUGGAAACGUUUUCUGGCUAAGUUUACUUGUUUCAUAGGCUUUAGGCGAAGGUAUGUUUUUAUUUUAUUUUUUUAAUUUACAGUACUCCCUCGAUAAUUCACAUUACACCAAGUUGACAAUGCAUUGUGAAAGUGUACUAACUUGUACUGCAUAAGUGUGGGUGUGUAAGCCUCAUGGCUUUAAUGCCCUCAGUCCUGUUAACGGCAGGGACAGAGAUGCCUUGAUAAGAAUGUCAUUACGAUCUGUUUUCUGAAGGAUGUUUGAUGCCAAACUGUGCAGUAGCUUUUGUCAGAGACACAUUUCAACUUUUUUUGUAAACCAAUUUAGAACCAAAUCAUAACUAGCAACAUUAAAAUGAUUGUGACAUUUCUGUA